AUGGCAAGAGCCUUCAAGUAUGGUGAUGAAGAUGACUUAGAAAGAGCCAAGUUUCUAGCACAGUUGCAGCCAUCAAAUAAUCCAUUGACGCAAAAAGCAGGCUGCGAGACUUGGCAGUGUGCAUGGUCAGCUGACGCGUCAUACUUCGCAUGGUCAUGCGGCAACAGACUUGUGAAACUCAUUCCAUGGAGUAAGAGACGGAAAUCGUCAACGCAUAAUGCUUACCCGAACGAAGAUGAAGAAGAAUUUAAUACACAGCCCGUCACAAUCGACUGCGGCCAUCUUGUUUGGUCAGUGGCCUUUGGAGCUACGACACAUCCAGGGAAAGUCAACUCAACCUUAAUCAGUUGGCGGAUGUUCGACUUUUCAAAGAAUUUGAUCUUAGCAACUGGUCUCAAUAAUGGAAACAUACGCAUAUGGGAUGUUGGAACUUCCAAGCUUCUCAUGGAGUUGGUUGAUCAUCGUGACGUCAUCAGAUGUCUUCAAUUUGCCCCGAAUCAGAGUAUGCAGUUAGCGUCUGCCUCGCGUGAUGGCCAGAUCAAGAUCUGGGAUAUGUUAGAUGACGGAAACAUGAAGAAGACUUUGACUACAAGCUCUAAGUGGCUAUAUAGCUGCUGUUGGUCCCCUCAAGCUGACAUGCUUGCUGGAACAGGCCAACAGAAAUCAGUAGUAAUAUGGGACAUGAAAACGUAUAAAGUUAAACACACCUUGUCAGGCCAUAAUCACGAAGUGGUCGGAUGUGAAUUCUCACCAGAUGGCGCCCUGUUAGCUACGUCAUCGUAUGACACUCGUCUUAUUGUGUGGGACCCACAUACAGGCGAGGCACUACAGGAGUUCGGACACUUAUUCCCACCCCCUAGUCGUAUAUAUGCCGGUGGUGCUAAUGGAUCAUAUGUACGUGGCGUGACAUUCUCAAGGGACGGCCUCCACUUGGCCUCUAUCUCAGAUGACGGAUAUUUGAGAUUUUGGUAUCUCUUUGAUGAGGACAAUCCUAUAGCAGUUGGAGAUGUACAGAAUGCUCUGUGUUGUAAUCAUAGUCCAUGUGGCCAGGUGCUAGCUGCUGGCUCAAGAAACGGGUGUAUAUCUUUCUACGAGAUGCCCACUGGAAUUCAGAGCCUUCAACACAUUAGUCGCAUGGCUAUUCGCCAUCUGGUCCCGACGCAAGAUGUCGACCAACUAUUCUUGCCAAGACGUCUGAAAGAGUAUUUAAAAUAUAAACUGGAAUGAUGGAAUAUGGCAGUAUUCAAAAAUAUUGAUCGAAAAAUUUGACGACACAUUUUGAACGUUUACCAAAGGAUCCUGCAGUCAUUAGGUCAAUCAAUGCAUAUGAAAUCAACAAUGCAUAUGAAACCAACAAUGCAUAUUAAAUCAAUCAGUGCAUAUUUACUCAGAGAAGAAAAUGACUGUUGUAGGUUCUCGUGUCAAGUCAGGUAACAAUCGACCAAUCAGGUUUUACCUCCCUCGUACCUCCACGUUUUUUUAAUGUCUAGUAGAAUAGGUCAUAUGACACAAAAACAAUUUAACGCGACUACAUCUGAAGUUUUUGACACUUUGAACAUGCAGACUGCAGAAUAACUUAAAAUGUAAAAGAGAGCAGUGUCAUACAGACUGAGGAAUUAUAUUUUGGCCACUUCACUUUUUGUAUUAUACCGUACCAUUUAUUUACUUGCCAAAAAUAUCACUUGUGUAGUUGUAAGGAAUGAUAUUAAUGCCACAUUUAUAGUAGUAAAUAUCGAUUUCAUAGGCAAUCAUAGUCAUACAAUGUAAAUGAUGGCAGCUACUGUGUAUGUAUAUAGUAUGUAAAUAGGGCAUAUUCCAUGUACAGUAAAACCUGUCUAAUCCAAACACGUGUUGAAUCAGCCAAAAGAGUCUAAUUUGGCAGGUGUAGCCAUGUAGAGGUUUUUUAAAGGCAGAAUAAGAUCUACAGGGGUGACUAAAUUACAAGCAACAUGUACAAUUUACCUAUUAAUCUAUUCCUUACAAUCUCAAAUACAUUAUCUCCCAAAAUAUUCACGA